AUGGCGAACGACGAUUCGUGUACUUGUCUGACAGAUUCUCCAAGAAAUAAUCAAAUAAUCCCUCCGAGUCCCUGCACUAUUUGCAAUUGCGAUUGGGAAUCGAAAAUUGGACGAAGAAUUGCUGUCAGUCUUAUAUUAUUAGAGAUCAAACGAUUUUUCCUAUUGGCACUGGAAAUGGUAAUUGAAUUUCCGGUUCUUCAAUUUUCCGGUGCAAUAAAAUCUGUCAUCUUCAGUUUUGUCGAUGUUGCCCUUGGAGUUCCUUGUGCCCUCGCCGCAAUUUCCUCCAUUCGCAAACGACAGGAACAACCACGUUAUUCGAAAGUGAAAAUUCUCUUGAGGUGUGUAGUAUUAAUAAUAGUUUUAUGUACUAUACUGAACAUAGUGACCUUAGCCUCGAUUGCCUAUCAUGUAAGCGUUAAACAAAGCACAAUAAAAGGCAUCUUCAAUUUUUCAAUGCACAAUUAUCUCACCGACAAUUACUACAAGUAUAAUUUGGAUGAAAUUCAAUUUGAAUUGCAAUGCUGUGGACACACAACUUACACGGACUGGUACUUCGAUUGGAAGAAAUCAGAACGUGUUGCGCGUAAGAAGAAGAAUCUACGGGCAAUAAAUCCAGAUGAAGAGUUUAGGAAUUAUGGAGUGCCUUUCAGCUGCUGUGAUAUUCAUUCUUUGCUGCCUUGCGUCCAUAUUCAGAUGACAGAAGCAGAUGUGAAAACAAUUAACUCUCAUGGUUGUUCCAAAAUCUUGAGUUACAUUCUCAUCAGAAUUGUUGUUUUUGGUUACGUCAUGACAGCACUGGUUAUCAUCGUCUACGUCAUCUUGCUUUAUUUUAUAAUCAAAAUUACACGGAAACCUCUUCCUCAGGAUUGCCCUUCAGAUUGCUCCUGCCUCUCCUCCGAGGACGAUUCUCCGAGAUGUCCAUUAAUUCAUCAAACUUCUCCUUGUGGUUGUAGUUCCAGUUCAUCGUCACUUUCAGUAGGAAAAGAAAUGCCCUAUUUGUCAUCUGGCAAAAGAAAUUCAAAAACUCGACUCCAAACAAUGAAAAAAUCAUCAUUUUACUGGCGUAACGAUUCAUUUGCAAAUCGAAGAAGAAAAACGUCAUGUUCAAGUUACAGUGAUGAAUCGUCAAUAACGGAAUAUUCGAAAAAUCGCGAAAUUGCCCAAAUUAAACCCAGUCUUCAUGAGCAGCACGAGAUUUCUCAAAAAUCAUCAAAAUCGUCAAUAAUUUUGUCGAAAGUUAACUCGAGAUAAAAAAAAAAUGUUGAUAAAUGGAGAAACUAAGAAUCAAAACAAUUCUUCUUCUUGAGGAAGGUUCUUCUUCUUUCUAUAUAUAAUCUCUAACAAUAGAUAAUAUAGGGUGAUGAAAAAAAGAUGACAAAAAUGAUCUAUUCAGAUAAAAAAAUAUUAAAAAUAAUGUCUACUAAAAAUAUCUUUUUUUUUACUCUCAAACUGAAUUUACGAAACAGAAUUCUUUUCUCAUUUUUUAUUGUUGAGUGUUAAGCAGUCGCGUAUAUCAGGUUGCAUACAAACAUGUGGAUUUUUCUUUUCGAGAAAAAAUACCUUCCUUUCAAGAAGGUUUUUUUAUUUCGAUUUUUACUCGAAAAUACUUAUUCUUUUUUCUAAAAAUAAAAUUCGUCCGAAAAGGUAGAAACUAUAUUUUUGGCGAAAGAUUUUUUUUUCUUUGAAUAUUUUUAGAAUUUUCUAUAUUUUCUCCAAACGACCUACUUUUCAAACACGGCGCUGCCAAAAAAACAGGUGGUAAGACGAAAUUGUAUUCACGUAAUUUGAUGAAAUUCCGUUGAGAUAGAAAUGACGUUUUCAAAUCGACGUCUAUUGACGUCACGUUGCCUUUGACGUUUCUAGAAUUUCAUUUUCACAAAAAUUAUCUAAGAAUUUUUUCCGAAAAGAUUUUAUUUUCCAAAAGGAAAUUUUCCAAAAAAAAUUCCAAAUUUUU